AGAUCACCAUUUCCAUUCUCUCUGAAAGUCAUGAUCUGCCCUUCCUCUUCUUCAAUUCCUCUGCCAAAUGGUAAGAUUCUCAAGCUUCUCAAAGUUUUCUUCUUCCAAUGAAUUCAUGCCAUGGGCAGCCAUUUUUAAUCAUGCGCUUCCUCUGCAUCAACCCAGUUUUAUGCAGAAAAAUUAUGGUUUCUUCUACUUGAAUUCUACCCCUAAUCUUUCCCUUGUAUUGGUGUUUUUGGACUAGAGAUAUUCUGGUAAGGGCCACAGAUCUGAACCCCUUGAAAACUCUGUUGUUUUUGCGUGAUUUAGCUACUAAAAGUCUGGUUUUAUAUGGUCUGAAAUUCUGCUCUGUAUACACCUAGUUAAGCCUCGGUUUUUCCUUGUUAUGGUUUGUGAUUUUGCUGUUGUUUCAUUUCUCUCUGUCUUGUUUUCUGUAUUAUUUUGCUGUUGUUGUUCUGUGCAUUGUAUGCUGUUUUUUGGCCUCCAAGUUUGCUCAGCUUCAGCUUAUUUUACCCAUGACCAUUUGUCUUGACAUCUGCUCGAUUCUGCACUAAAUUCUGCCAUUGUUUAGCCUCUGAAAUUAUAUGUUUUUACUGUUAAAUUUAUGCACUAUUUUGUUCAGGUUUAUGUAUGUCCUUAAACGUGCCCAAAAAAUCUGUUUUGUUUUCUACUCUAUUUCCACUUAUUUAGGAUGGUUUUAACAGCAAUUUUAGCAUAUUUUGGACCAUGAUCUGGCUGUUGUUUUUGCUCAGAAAAUCUGGUCUGUUUAGGCAUGUUAUUCACUGUUUUGAAGCCAAAAAUCUCACCUGUACAGCUGCCUCUUUCUCUCUCUCUCUUCCUUUUUUUUUCUUUUUUUUUUUUCUGGCCUAAAAGCUGACUGUUCCUACUUUGUUUUUGACUCCAUUUUGCUCUAUUUCAACUUGAAUACCUCGUUGCUUUUGUGCUGGUCUUGACAGCUUGUUAAGGUUUGAUUUCCCUCUGACAUAGACUCAGUUCUACCUUCGUUUCAUCUUGCUACUAGGUGAGUUUUUAGGUGAUAGUUAAGCUAGUUUAGUUGGUUAUAAGAAAUGGAAAGGAAGGAGUCAUUAAGAUCGUGUUAUGAGGUGGCUAACAAAUUUUAAGUUUUACU